AUGGGGACAUCUCAAACUAAACCGUCAGGCCCCACGUCCGUUUGUCCUCUAUGCCAUGGUAAUUUUCGGAAUCCAAUCACUCUGAGAUGCGGUCACUGCUUUUGCCAGGGAUGCAUAGGGGAGCUUUGGAGCGGUUCGCCCUCUGGUCCAUAUUAUUGUCCUGAAUGCAAGUACGAAUUCAGGAAGUUGCCGGACUUUGGAGGCGCGGACGCACCGUCUACAUCGUCAAGCAAUCUUAGUCCAACUUGGACUCUUGGUCAGAGGUUGUCAUCCCGUUAUUCUCAAAAGACUCUGCUUGGGAAGAGACGAGCUAGUUCCUCCUCCUCCAGACAGAAUAGUGGAGGGUAUAGACUAGGCAGUGCUCCAUCCAGCAACAGCAAUACCACAGUCAUCGACUUAUCACCCGAUAACGAUCCUCCUCCAAGGAAAAAGACGGCAACAGCAAACCCACCUCCAGCUGAGGAACCGCUCCCCAGAGGGGCAUCAGGAGGUGACAUACCAUCCCCACAAAAUACACCUCCAUCGAAGACCCCAUCUCCCAGAAGAAACACUCCCCCAGACAGAGGUCAUUCUUCUGCAGCUGUUGAGGUGACUAAUAUCCCUUCAGCAGAACCCUCAACUUCCAGAGAUGAAACAACAACAAGAGUUAUCCCCCCUGGUGCUAGGUCGCCCCCUGCUGAAAUGGCAUCUUCACCCAGUAACACUACCAGACAAAGAGAAUCAACACCCAACAGUUCCCCGCCCACAAAAAGUCCCAAGUCUUCACCUGUCAGCAAUACUCAGUCAGCCAGGAUGGACACUCAGAAUGAUGAAUCUUUUGUACCUUGUCACUACUGCAGCAGUUCUCUGCAGAGGCUAGCAGUGAAGACCUGUCUGAUAUGUGGAGCUUCCAUGUGCCCAGAGCACCUACGUGCUCACCUGGAGUCACCUGUUUUCCAGAGCCACCCACUGGUCCCUGCUGUGAAUGACAUAUCACCCUGGAGAUGCGUGGAGCACCAGGAGAUGAAUCGGAUCUACUGUCGCCAGUGCAGCGUGUGUGUGUGCACAGUGUGCACAGUGAUUGGCUCACACAAGGAACACACCUGUGUUGGCAUCAAAGAGGCAGAGAGAGAACUAAGGAGUACUCUAAAAGAUGAGAUGAAGAAGAUUCAGGCUAAUGAAAAAGCAGUCUUGAAAAAAAUUUCAGAGCUAACAAAGAAAAAAGAGAGUGCACAGGGAGUGGUGGAGGAGGCGCGGGCUGGAGUACAGCAGCAUUACCAGACCAUGCGGGAGGCUCUGGAACAGGAGGAGCAGCAGGCCCUUCUCUGUGUGACUCAGGAGGAGAGGAGGGUUCUGGGGAGCGUGGAGGAGCAGCUCAGCCUCUUGCAGGAGAAACUCAAGUCCGUUCAGAGCAGCUUCAAUGUUCUGCAAGGCCUGGCAGACGCUAAGGGACCAUCGCAACUCCAAGACCAAGCCUUCAUCCUGGAGUACAACAAACUGUCAAAAAGUUUAAGUGGGCUGUCUGAGCCAGUGGAGAACCUGGUGUCGGUACAGGAAGUUGACCGUGCCCGUUUGGAGUCCCUACAGGAGUGGACUGAGAAGAGACUGGACACUGUGAUCAUAUCUCUGCCCCAUAGGGACCCAUUGAGAUUACUCUAUGGCACAAACCCCACCCUGAACCCCGACACCGCCCACCCAAAGCUGCUGUUGUCUGAGGAGAACAGAAUAGUGACCUACACUGAGAGCCAGCAGUCUUAUCCAGAUCAGGAGACUCGCUUUAAUGUCUUCCCCCAAGUGCUGGGAUCCAAAGCCAUGAACCAAGGCCGCUACUAUUGGGAGGUUGAGGUUUCCAUUGAAGACGGGCGUUGGAAGGCAGGGGUUUGUGAUGCACAAAUUGGCAGAAAGGGGCAGAAGGACAAUUGCCGCUUGGGCUUCUAUCCCAACUCUUGGUGUCUUAUAUGUGAGAAGGGCAAAGUCGAGGCACUGCACGAUAAGACUGUGUCACCAGUGCAUGUGGUCACACUCACACGCUUGGGCAUCCUGCUGGAUUAUGAGGAGGGCUGCCUGUCUUUUUUCAGUGUGGCUGAGGGGGGCGCUCUGACCUUACUCUAUAGCUUCCAGCAUGAGUUCACGGGGCCACUGUUUCCAGCGUUCGCUGUAUCCAAAACCCAGGUUACAGUACAUGAUCUGUUUCAGAACACCACCACAGAGUAA